AUGUUGGCCAGCGGCGAGAGCGCCGAGCUGCCCGAGCGGCGGCCGCGGCCAGACGCUACUGACGACGACGUCGAGGACGCGGACAGCGUGAGCGAGGGGGAGGAGGAAGGGGAGUGCGCGGCGGCCGCGGCCGCGGAGGCGGUGCUGGCCGCCUGCGGGGGCGGCUUCGGCGGCGUGACUGUGAGCCGGUCGCGGGAGGUGCGCGUGGGGCCGGCCACCUUCUACAACGCGCCCAUCCACAUCGAGCACCUGGUGCUGGGGGACCAGCCGCAGCCACCGGCCGCGGACGUCCUGGCGCUCGGCUUGCCAGCGCAGCAGCCGCAGCUCAGCAACCUGAGUAAUGUCAAGCCGCACAGCGCGCUGUGUCCGUGGCUGGGCAGCCCCGGAGAGUCCCACUGGAGGCUGCUGCUGUGUGUGGCGAGCGCCGUCGCCGCGGCCGCCACGAUCGCCAUCCUGGUCGUCAUCCUCCGGCGCAGCGACGGCAAUGCCGUGGACACCCGCCCUGCUAGACGUCCGCAAAACACGAGCGGCAACCUGACGGUGGUCGCCGAGAGCGAGUGGUCGUCGCAGGACAUCCGAGACCGGCGCGUCGGCCUGUCGCUGCCCGUGCGGUACGUGAUCGUGAGCCACACGUUCUCGGAGGAGUGCGCCGUCUACGACGAGUGCGUGCAGCUGUUGCGCGACCUGCAGCGGCUGCACGUGUCGGCGCGCGGCUACUACGACAUCGCGUACAACUUCGUGGUGGGCGGCGACGGCUACGUGUACGAGGGCCGCGGCUGGAACUACACGGCCGAGCGGCGGCCGCCCUUCACCGACAACAGCGUCACGCUGAGCCUGGCCGGCCGCUUCACGCAGGGCCUGCGGCCGCCCUCUGACCUGCAGAUGGCGGCGCUGCGCGCGCUGAUCCAGGAGGGCGUGCGCCGGGGCGCCGUCAGCGAAGAGUACCGCCUGUUCGCGCUCUGCCAGGUCGAGUACAACCAGAGCCCCGGCAGCCUCGCCUACCGGCUGGUCAAGAAGCUGCCGCACUGGUCGCUCUACAGCGGCGCCGCCCACGCCGGCAACUGCACCAGCUAGAAACCGCACACAUAGCACUAGCGUCAGAAAUAUACCAGCCGGAAGUGCCAUUGGUUAUAACAUGGGCAAUAUCUGUCUCUUCGUAAUCUUUGUGUAUGCUAGGAAAUAAACAAGCGAUUAUUUAUGCCAAGCAUGAAUACGAUCGCAGAAAUUUAAGCUGUCCUCUUAGGUUCCUGCCUAACCACACACUCGAAAAUCACCAAAUAUUAGGAAAUAAAAAGACAAAUAUUUUUGAAAAGAAACAGUCUGAAUUUUAUUGCUUAUCAUUUUACUCGCAGUAAUUUCAGUUGACCGUUUAGAUUCCUGCCCAACCACUCACAGGGAAACAGCCAUAUAUUCGGAAAUAAACAGACAAAUAUUCCAGAAGGAAAUUUUCACUCUGCAGCGAAGUGUGCGCUGAUAUCAAACUUCCUGGCAGAUUAACACUGUGUGCCGAACCGAGACUCAAACUUGGGACCUUUCCCUUUCUCGAGCAAGUGCUCUACUAACUGAGCUACCCAAGCACGACUCACACUCCCUCCUCACAGCUUUACUUCCGGCAGUACCUCGUCUCCUACCUUCCAAACUUAACAGAAGCUCACCUGCGAACCAUGGAGGACUGGUACUCCUGAAAGUUUGGAAGGUAGGAGACGAGGUACUGGCGGAAGUAAAGCUGUGAGGACUGGGCGUGAGUCGUGCUUGGGUAGCUCAGUUGGACAGGAGCGGCCGGCCGGAGUGGCCGUGCGGUUCUAGGCGCUUCAGCCUGGAACCGCGCGACCGCUGCGGUCGCAGGUUCGAAUCCUGCCUCGGACAUGGAUGUGUGUGAUGUCCUUAGGUUAGUUAGGUUUAAUUAGUUCUAAGUUCUAGGCGACUGAUGACCUCAGAAGUUGUCGCAUAGUGCUCAGAGCCACUUGAACCAUUUGAACAGGAGCGCCGUGGUCCCGUGGUUAGCGUGUGCAGCUGCGGAACGAGAGGUCUUUGGUUCAAGUCUUCCCUCGAGUGAAAAGUUUC